CAGAAUUAUGCAAAUAAAGAGUUGGAAGAGCAGCUGCGGUCAGUAUCAAGUGUGGAUGAACUCAUGACUGUUCUUUAUCCAGAAUAUUGGAAAAUGUUCAAGUGCCAGUUGAGAAAAGGGAGUUGGCCACACAGUAGGGAACAAUCGAACUUUGAUGGAAGAUCAGGGGAUUCAAAUCCAAUAAAAUUUGCUGCAGCACAUUAUAAUACAGAGAUCUUAAAAAGUAUUGAUAAUGAGUGGAGAAAAACUCAAUGCAUGCCACGUGAGGUAUGUGUAGAUGUGGGAAAAGAAUCUGGAGCAACAACAAACAUCUUCUUUAAACCUCCAUGUGUGUCCAUCUACAGAUGUGGAGGUUGCUGCAAUAGUGAAGGGCUGCAGUGUAUGAAUGUCAGUACAAGCUACGUCAGCAAAACGUUGUUUGAAAUAACUGUGCCCCUCUCUCAUGGUCCCAAACCUGUAACCAUCAGUUUUGCCAAUCACACUUCCUGCCGAUGCAUGUCCAAACUAGAUGUCUACAGACAAGUUCAUUCAAUUAUUCGACGCUCCUUGCCAGUGAUACAAGCACAGUGUCAAAUAACAAAUAAAACUUGUCCAAAAAGUCAUAUUUGGAAUAAUCACUUAUGCAGAUGUCUGGCACAACAUGACUUCAGUUUCUCCUCCUAUCCUCCAGAUACUGAUACUGCUGAAGGAUACCAUGAUAUCUGUGGGUCUAAUAAGGAACUUGAUGAAGAAACCUGUCAGUGUGUCUGCAAAGGAGGAGUGAGGCCUUCUAGCUGUGGAAUUCACAAAGAACUAGACAGAACAUCAUGCCAAUGUACAUGUAAAAAUAAACUGCUUCCUAGCUCUUGUGGACUCAACAAAGAUUUUGAUGAAGAAAAGUGCCAGUGUGUUUGUAAAAGAACAUGCCCUAAACAUCAACCAUUAAAUCCUACAAAGUGUAUUUGUGAAUGCGUAGAAUCACCAAACAAAUGCUUCUUGAAAGGAAAAAGAUUUCAUCAUCAAACAUGCAGUUGCUACAGACCACCCUGUACAGUUCGAACAAAACGCUGUGAUUCUGGAUUUUAUUAUAGUGAAGAAGUUUGCCGCUGUGUACCCACAUACUGGAAAAGACCACUUAUCAAUUAGAAAAGACAAUGUCAUUUGAUGUACAUUUUUUCCUGUUUCUAUUUUUUUUAAAAAACUGGACUGCUAACGUUUGGAUUUACUGUGCAGAAGAGACAUUAUAAUAUUAUUGGAAACAGACACAUUUGUACUCUGAGACACAUGGGAAGUAAAUUUUUUAAAAACCUGGGAUUUUCUUCAUUAUGGAGAAUUUAAUUUGCCAAUGAUGAAGCAGCCUAAAUUUUCUUCAUUGUGAUUUUUUUUU